AGAGCACCGAGGCGCACAAUCUGGCAACCCGCUCACUGCAGGAGCAGAUUCAGAGAGAUGUUCAGUCUGUAGGUGUGCCAUUAUUUAAAUCAUUUCUGAAGCUGCACAGACAGGAAACAUUUGCAGACCCUAUGUCUACUCAGUGUUACAAACAUUAGACGGAAUUCUCAUCUCAAAUUCAUCUCUAGCAAUCCGCACGUCAGCCUCCUCACGUCAGCCUGAUAUCUGUGGAGGAAACCUCAGCUACAACGCAGGAUGAAUUCGAUACGGCAGGUGCCAUCACGGAUGAAGAGUAAAAUGUCGGAGACUAGUUUAGGAGAAGAAAAAGACCGUUUCGAAAGACAGCAGCUCAGCAGCAUCAGUAAAGCCAUUAACUCCACUGAGACACCAGUAAAGGAGAAACAUGCUCGGAGAAUUAUCAUGGGAACUCACAGAGAAAAGGCGGCGCACACUUUCUGGUCCUAUGCUAUUGGGCUUCCUUUGUCCAGUAAUGCCAUUGUUAGCUGGAAAUUUUGCCAUGUUUUACAUAAAGUUCUACGUGACGGCCACCAAAACACACUACAAGACUGUAUGAGACAUUACAGUAACAUUGCAGAGACUGGAACACUGUGGGGAAACACCAGAGAUAAAAAUGGAUAUGCACAGCUUGUUUCCCUAUAUACCAAGCUCCUCUGUCUGAAACUGACAUUCCAUACUGCACAUCCUGAAAUCCGAGCCAACCUGGAAGUCACAGAUGAAGUCUUGGAGCGUACAGCAGGAACGGACAUUAAUAAUGUCUUCCAGCUUACAGUUGAGGUGUUUGAUUACAUGGAUACAGAGCUUCGUCUUGCUGAGUCAGUUCUACGACAGCUCAAUACUUCUAUUGCCAUCUCAACAUUGACAGCAGGGCAGUGUAAAUUAGCACCACUUAUUCAGGUCAUCCAGGACUGUAGUCAUCUGUAUCACUACACUGUUAAGCUGCUAUUUAAGUUACAUGCUUGUUUACCGCCUGAUACACUCCAGGGCCAUCGUGAAAGGUUCCAUGAUCAAUUUCACAGUCUCAAGACAUUUUUUAAUAAAGCAAGAGAUAUGAUGUACUUCAAACGGCUUAUCCAGAUUCCACGGCUACCUGAUUCCCCUCCAAACUUCCUUCGAGCUUCUGCCCUAGCAGAGCAUGUAAAGCCCAUGGUUAUUAUCCCAGAUGAAGAGGAGCCAGAGGAAGAUGAUGAGCCUGAACCACUAAUAGAUGUCAGUGAGGCUUCUCCAGUCAGCAUGGCUUCCCAACCACAGGUUGACAUAUUUGAUCAGACAUUUGGGACCCCAGAUAAUGGCUUUGAUGACAGAGACCUUCAGAUUGACAGUUUAAAGCAUGAAAUUGAACUACUUCGAGCUGAAAUUGAGAAGAUCAAAGCUGAGGCUCAGCGUUAUAUCACUCAACUGAAAUCUCAGAUAAACAGUCUAGAGGCAGAGCUGGAGGAGCAGAGGGUGCAAAAACAGCGUGCACUUGUAGAGAACGAGCAGCUACGUAUGGAACUGGUGGCUACUAGGCGAUACAGUGCAGAACAAGAGUCAAUGCAGACAACAUUUUUGGAAACUGAGAAGAGGGCUCAAGCUACGGAGCUACGGUAUAACAAGCUAAAGGAGAAGCAUGCAGAGUUGGUAGCCAACCAUGCAGAGUUACUUAGGAAGAGUGCAGACACUGUAAAGAUGUUGUCAGCCACUCAGCAGACCCAGGAGGAGGUGGCCAGAACUAAACAACAGUUAUCUUUUGAAAUGGAGAGGAUCAAACAGGAGUCUGACAUGAAGUUGGAGGAGCAAAAGUUUGAAAUGGAUAAAUUGAGACGGGAUUUGGAGGUGAAAAUUGGGGAGAUCCAACAAAUAAAAGGGUUAUUACAGACUAGUGAAAAGGGCAGUGAACAGCUGAGCAACUCCAUAUCCUCAGUGCAGGCAGAAAAGGACCACCUGAUGCGGUGUGUGAGUGAAAAGGAGGCUGAGCUAUCUUCUCUGAAGCAGGCAGCCCAGCUAAAGGAUUCCUCACUCCGGCACGAGAGGGAGAGGAGCAGCAAGGAGCUGGAACAGCUUCAGGGAAAACUGAAAGAGAAGCUUGACUGUGAGGAACAGUUGAAGCAGAAGUUGUUGGAUGAGCAGUUUGCCCUGUUGCAAGGUACAGUAACUGAGGCAGAAAUCAUGAUUCAGGAUGCUGCAAACAAAGUGGAUGAUCCUUUGCAUAUCCGCUGCACCAGUUCACCAGAUUACCUUGUUAGCCGUGCAGAAGCAGCGUUGGUCUCAGUAACUAAAUUGCAAGCGGGCCACUCCCACUAUUUGAAGAAUAUGGAAGAUGCUGGUCUACUGCUGAGGGCGCUGACACAGUUUUCUCAUCUUACUGCUGACACCAUUAUCAAUGGAAGUGCAACAGCACACAUGGCACCUCUAAAUUUCGCUGAUCGAUUGAUGGAGAACUGCAGAGCAUGUGCCACACAAAGCUUACGUUUUCUAAAUGACCUGAAGUCUAAAGUAUCCAUGAAGGGUGCUGAUCCAGCAUCUGUUCAUGUAGUGAUACAAAAAAUCUUGCAAAUUGCACAGGACCUGAGGCCAAAAGGAGUAGAUGUCGGAAAGGAGGAGCUGGGGGACAUGGUAGAUAAAGAAAUGGCUGCCACUUCUGCUGCUAUAGAGGAAGCUGUGAGGAGAAUAGAUGAGAUGAUGAAUCAGGCCAGAAGAGACACUGAAGGAGUCAAGCUGGAAGUUAAUGAGAGAAUACUGUAUAGCUGCACUGACCUUAUGAAGGCUAUCCAUCUCCUGGUGUUGGCAUCAACCGACCUACAGAAGGAGAUUGUUGAAAGUGGAAGGGGUGCUGCAACAGUGAAGGAGUUUUAUGCAAGAAAUUCUCGCUGGACUGAGGGUCUCAUAUCAGCUGCCAAGGCAGUGGGCUGGGGGGCAACUCAAAUGGUUGAUUCUGCUGAUAAAGUGGUGUUACACACGGGCAAGUACGAAGAGCUUAUUGUCUGUUCUCAUGAAAUUGCAGCCAGCACAGCACAACUUGUUGCAGCUUCCAAGGUAAAAGCAGACCGAGGCAGUAAAAAAUUGUUGAGUCUUCAGCAAGCCUCUCGCCAUGUAAAUGAAAUGGCUGCUAAUGUGGUAGCUUCGACCAAGACAGGCCAGGGACAGAUAGAGGAAAAAGACACUAUGGACUUUUCUGGGAUGUCUCUGAUCAAGUUGAGGAAAGAGGAAAUGGAGUCUCAGGUGAAGGUCCUGGAGCUGGAAAGCAUGCUUGAAAAUGAGCGCCUACGACUUGGGGAGCUACGUAAAAAGCACUAUGAUAUAGCAGGGGUUUCUAUGGAACAAUUAGAGCAAGAUGACAGUGCUCUCUCUCCAGCGUUACCCUCCUCUCCCAAACCAUCCAAACCAACAUUAAUGAAGAAACCAGCUCUUGCUCAGAAACCAAACAUUCCUACAAAAAGCAUGGGUCAAAGCAGUGAAGCCCAAGGACCGCUCCUGAGCCAGGGCCAUCAGAGACCUCUACUCCCCAGAAAAAAAUCUGCCAUGCAAUAGUAUUUGCAGAUAUUUUUAAAACAGAGGAAAGAAGAACAAAGCCUUUGUCAGACAUCAUUCAUGAAGAGGUCACCUCAUACAAGGCCACAGGCUGCAUCUCUGUGGAUGAAGACACACUCGCAUGGUGGAAGAGCAAUGAGCAUAAGUAUCCUCACAUUGCUAAGUUAGCCCAACGUAACCUCGUUGUUCAAGGUUCAUCUGUGCCAAGUGAACAUGUUUUCUCAACGGCUGGGGACAUAGUCACUGCAAGUAGGUCUCGCCUCUUGGCAGAAAAUGUGGACAAACUGAUGUUCUUGCAGAAGAAUAUGAAAAUUAGGUGAACAGAGGAGUGUUUUUUUUAUGCAACAUUUUAUAGCAAUUUUGAUAGCCAGCAUUUUGUUUUUAAUAUCUAAAUAUAUACAGUGGCACUUUAAUCUCUAGUUUCCAAAUACUGCACUUCAAUUUCAAGUGAAAGAAAUGUAUCCUCACUCUCAGGGAAUAGAAGCAUUGUUUAUAUUGUUUUUGUGUUAAGAUGGUUAAACUUAUGCUUAACUUUAUGAUUAUGGCCUUUGCUAUUGUUAUAGCCUCAUUAUAUUAUAUUAUUAUAUUAUAUUAUAUAUUAAUGUUUAAAAUAUUUUGACUUGUUUAAAAGAUAGAGCUUGUAAGAGUUCCUCUCUUUUUCUUUGUAAGAGCUACACUGAAGUUGGCAGUUUGAUAAAUGCAAGUUAAUUUCAGUCUUUGUGUGCUAAAAAGGCACAAGUUCCUGUAGAGAUAACAAUACACAUUCUCCUUGUUUUUUUGCCAAAU